GAAUCCCAUAGCUUAAAAUUUUUAUUUACGUUUCUUACUUUUCAUCCCUCCCUUCACACUUCAAUUUCUUUUCUCUUCUCCGGAAGCUGUAAAAUCCCUAUAACUGAUGCGCGAAAUUUCGCCUUCACCGGAAAUUUCUACCGCCGUCGUGAGCCGUGCCUCUGAGGAGGAGGCUGACCGGAAUUGGGCCGGUAAUCGGUGGCCGCGAGAGGAGACUAUGGCGUUACUGAAGGUGCGGUCUAGAAUGGACUCUGCGUUUAGGGAUUCGAGCAUUAAAGCUCCUCUUUGGGAAGAAGUAUCCAGGAAAUUAGCUGAGCUUGGGUAUAAUAGAAGUGCGAAGAAGUGCAAAGAGAAGUUUGAGAACAUUUAUAAGUAUCACAAAAGGACUAAAGAUGGCAGAUCAGGCAAACAGAAUGGAAAAAAUUAUAGGUAUUUUGAGCAAUUAGAAGCUCUAGAUAAUCAUCCAUUGCUUCCCUCUCAAGCUGAUUCAAAGGAAGAAAUCCCAAACAAAAUUGUUCAUAAUGCAAUUCCAUGUUCCAUAGUAAACCCGGAUUCGAAUUUCGUUGAAACUACCACCACUUUGAUAUCGAUGUCGACCACAUCUUGCUCGAGUAAGGAGUCGGGUGGGACGAUGAGGAAGAAGAAGAAGAAGAGGAAGUUCGUGGAGUUUUUUGGGAGGUUAAUGAAGGAGGUGAUUGAAAAACAGGAGAAAUUGCAAAAGAAGCUUGUGGAGGCUUUGGAGAAAUGUGAAGAAGAGAGGUUAGCUAGGGAAGAAGAAUGGAAGAUGCAAGAAUUAGCUCGCAUCAAGAACGAGCGAGAGCGUUUUAAUCACCAGAGAUCCAUUGCAGCUGCAAAGGAUGCAGCUGUUCUUUCAUUCUUGAAGGCGUUUUCGGAACAGGUCGGCACGGUGCAGUUUCCCGAAAGCUUGAUUCUGAUGGAGAAUUUGACUGGCAGGGAAGAUGAUGGUAAUGUUGACAGAAAUACAAGUACUCGAGAGAACGGAAACGAUGGUAAUUCGAAUCAGAUUAGCUCGUCUCGAUGGCCGAAAGACGAGAUCGAUGCUCUGAUUCAGCUUAAGACUAGCCUGCAGAUGAAGUACCAAGAAAAUGGCCCUAAAGGUCCUCUUUGGGAGGAAAUAUCAUUGGCCAUGAAGAAACUUGGGUAUGAUAGAAAUGCAAAGAGGUGUAAAGAGAAAUGGGAGAACAUCAACAAAUACUUCAAGAAAGUAAAGGAAAGCAACAAAAAGCGACCCGAGGACUCGAAGACAUGUUCGUAUUUCCAGCAGCUCGACGCAUUGUACAAACAGAAAUCCAAGAAAGUCGUCGACAAUCAUCCGAAUCACGAACUGAAACCCGAGGAACUAUUGAUGCACAUGAUGGGCAGCCAAGAAGAAAGCCACCAACCCGAAUCAGCAACAGACGACGGCAAAGCUGAGAAUGCGGAUCAGAACCAAGAAGACGAAGACGAUAACAAUGACGAAGACGAAUAUUAUUACAUUGUAGCCGACAACAACAGCAAUCAAGUGGAAGUAGGCAGCUGAAAAACAGAUGAACAGCAAGAUCAAAUGGCUCAAAUGGUCUCGCCUCUUGCAUCGUGUUAAAAAGGUCAGAUCCUUCAAAUCUCUGUCUAUAUAUAUAUAUAUAUAUGAUUGUAUAUCUUUCUUUGUUUCUUGCAUAGAUGAUGAUACUUGUAAGCUAGAGAGAGAUAGAAUUGUUUAUUGUGUGCAAAAGUUGAAAAGUGUUUGUUUGUCUCUGUAUCAAUAAACAAAAAACCUGCAUUAUUUUGCUGGUAAAAUGCUGUAGUAGGCUGUUUAAUGAUAAUGCAAAAGCUUCUAUUCAUCCUCC